AUGGCUAAUCAUAAUAAGAAUGUUCGUUAUGCACGACCACCAACAAUGGAUCGUUCUGGGCCACGAUUUAAUAUACCACCAAAUCGAAACUUUCCACGACAUCAGUUUAAUGAUAAUCGGCCACAACUACCCAAACAAAAUAUCGCAUCAUUAAUGCCUAAUAAACCAUCUACUGAAAUCAACAGUUCCACACCAACAACUGUUUUAGAUCCAAGUACUCAGAUUGAAAAAGCAAAACCUGAGCAAAAUAAUUCAUCUACUGCAUCAUCCAAUACGACCAGUUCUGUUGAUACUAAACCAAGCAGUAGCUCGACAAAUCCUAUACCGACAGAUGAACAAAGACCGAUGGGAUCUGGUGGACAAAAACGGCCAUAUCCUGGUCAACAAUCGAAUUCUGCAGCAUCACAAAAAACUUCGCAAGGUGGUCGUUCACGUUUAUUCAUUGGCAAUAUUCCAUCGGAUUUGACACAAGAAGAAUUUCAAACAUUGUUCGAAAAAUAUGGCGAACUGAUUGAAUAUUAUGUUAAUCCAUCACGUGGCUUUGGUUUUGUUAAACUUAGUUCACGACAAUUAGCUGAACAAGCUAAAUGUGAUCUUGAUGGCCAUAUUCUACGUGGUAAACCAUUACGCAUUCGCUUUGCUAGUCAAGGUGCCAUUGUUAAAGUAAAAAAUCUAUCACCAAAUGUUUCCAAUGAAUUACUGAAAGAAGCUUUUGAACAAUAUUUUGGUGGCGUUGAACGUGCUGUUAUUAUUGUUGAUGAUCGAGGAAAAUCAACUGGUGAAGGCAUUGUUGAAUUUGAAAAGAAACCAUCAGCACAAAAAUGUCUUAAUGACUGUACUGAAAAAUGUUUCUUUAUCACAGGAGAUUUGAGACCAAUCAUUGUGGAACCAUGGGACAUGAAAGAUGAAGAUGAUGGUCUACCCGAUAAAUCCUUGAUGCGAAAUGAUGUUUAUUUCAAAGAACGCGAAUUACGACCACGCUUUGCUGAACCAAAUACAAUUGAAUAUACAAUAGGUCUGAAAUGGAAACAAUUGGAGAUACAAGAAAAACAAUUAUUAGAAGAAGUUAAAACACGUAUGCAAUAUGCAUCUGAGCAAUUAAAAGUUGAAACUGAACAAAUGCAAUUGGAAUAUCAAGCACAAGUAUUACGAGACGAAUUAACACGUCGUCAAGAAGAUCUUCGUCGAAUCGACGAACUUCGAUCACAGGAUUUUGAACGUCGUCGUAGUAUGAUGUCAAUGCAUCAUCCUGAUGCUUAUAAUGCUCCUGUAGGUAAUGCGUAUCAUCAAAAUGUAGGAGGAUCUGCUAUGUAUCCGUAUAAUAACAAUAAUAAUAAUAAUAAUAAUUUUCAACAAGCUUCAUAUGGAAACUCGCCUCAGGUUAAUCAGCAAACAUCUCCAAUAGAUGCUGCCUAUACAACCAACCAAGCAUCACGUGGAUAUAAUUUACAGUCAGGUCCUUCGAAUAUACAUCCAGGUGGAGUUGAUUUUAAUCACCAACAACAAGGAUUUGAUCGGAAACGACCGAGAUACUGA